GCAUCUUUACCAAUGUUUCUAUCUCUCUCUAAUAUAGAAGCUCCAACUGAAUUCCUGAAACCCUUGGAAGAUGUGAGCAUUAUGGAAGGAGAGACUGCCAUAUUUGAAUGUGAGGUUUCCAAGCCACGUCUUAAUGCAAAAUGGUUUAAGGAUGGCAAAGAAAUCAAAUCAACAAAGCGUAUAAAAACCACAAUGGAGGCAACAAAACAUUUCUUGACCAUCAAAGAUUGUGUUUUGGAUGAUGAGGCCAAAUACUCUGUUAAACUAUUAGAGGCUACAUCUGAGGCUACUCUCCUUGUAGAAGAAGAACCGGUGACCAUCACUCUUCCACUGAAGGACAAGACCUGUAUUGAGCAUGAAUCUGUCUCCUUCACUGCUGAGC